AUGUCUACUGCAGUGAGAGAGCUGUUCGGUGGUGCUAUCGUCGCUACAUUGCCUGUUGGCCUGAUUGACGCAUCGGAUCUGCGUCAAGUUCCCGAUACUCAAGAGGUCCUAUUGUAUCCAGACUCACAAAUCAGCAUUGUACUGGAGAUUCUAGAGAGCGUAGAUGCUACAGAAUUUACUGACAUCGCUAAGUUCCACUUUGACUCGCUAGCACACGACAACGAUGCCGAAGAAAAUACAGUGCUCGACGUUACUCAAGUGCUGGAGGACAGCAACUCCGCGAACCUUGCGUUCACAAUCUUAUCGGGGACGCAGCUUGUGCGCAAAUUUAACACCACCCAACCCGACGAAAUACACAUCCUCAUGGCGGUAUAUCGGAUCAAGGAUCAUAAUGUUGACCUGGUGCUGACGAUGAAUGUUCCAACUCGAACCACGGAUGGAGCUGGUGUGGACGAGGCCGGUUUGACGUCCGCUCGAAGCACAUUCGAGCUCGCAGCACGAUCGUUGCGGAUAGUCAAUUAUGGUUUGUUCGCGUAA